AUGUGGAUACCAGAGCUAACACAUAUGUAUUCUGGCAUAGCCGAUAAGACAUUCGACUGCAAAUUAAGAGCAAAAAACGGCUUGACCUUACGUUUGAAAGGAGGGGUUUCUCUGCCCCAAACUCACUGUACUUCUGGGUCAGCAAUACCGUUAACGUGGCCACCAAAUAUCGCAGUCAAGCUUGUCGGGUUUAAAGAUCUCACUGAGCUUAAUAUUACUUUGGAGGAUAUUUGCUAUGCGUCGUAA